CCGUCGACGUGCCGUUGAUCGAUGGGGCUUCUAUAAAGGCGGGCGUCGGAGUGCUUUGAGAUCUCGCUUUUGCCUCUUCCUCUUACUUCCCCUUCCUUCACUGCGGGUCUCCGGAUCGCUCUUGCACUCGAUCCCCUGAGGAGGAAUGGCGGAGCAGCUCACCGACGACCAGAUCUCGGAGUUCAAGGAGGCCUUCAGCUUGUUCGACAAAGACGGAGAUGGUUGCAUCACCACUAAGGAGCUUGGGACUGUGAUGCGUUCUCUAGGCCAGAACCCUACAGAAGCAGAGUUACAGGACAUGAUAAAUGAGGUUGAUGCAGAUGGUAAUGGGACGAUUGACUUUCCUGAGUUUCUCAAUUUGAUGGCUCGCAAGAUGAAGGAUACUGACUCCGAAGAGGAGCUGAAGGAAGCCUUCAGAGUUUUUGACAAGGACCAAAAUGGUUUUAUCUCUGCUGCUGAACUCCGUCAUGUCAUGACAAACCUCGGUGAGAAGUUGACGGAUGAAGAAGUUGAUGAGAUGAUUCGUGAAGCUGAUGUCGAUGGUGAUGGUCAAAUCAAUUAUGAUGAGUUUGUGAAAAUCAUGAUGGCAAAAUGAGUCAUCAGAGAAUAAAAUAAAUUGUGACUAUGCCUAUCCAGGUAGUUAUCUCAAUAAUCAUGUUUACUAGAUUGCUCGGCCUUCUUCCCCCUUUAUCUCUGUUCAUGUGUGGUUCUGUUGUGCUAGGUUGCCUAUGUAUGAAACCUGCUUUACUUAUGGUGCUAUGAGUUUUGCUUGGAUGUAAUAUGUGGACAAUUGUUUCGUCUUUUAUUCAACUCUCCCAACUUGUAACAAGGAAGACAUCAUGUCACUUGGUUAAUUAUAUAUGCAACUCUUCUUUGUUUUUUUCCUUUA